CCCUUUCAGUCACUAGGGAGAGACUCUGAACUAGGAAAGCUGCUGUUUCCACACUCAAAGGGUCCCACAGCAGGCUGAGGAUCAGAGUCUGCUCCGCACCGCCAUCCGCACACCGGCCUGCGGGACGCGUCGCACUCUGGGAUGGAGAAAGACGCCUCUGAACCGGACCCAUCCCGCCAGCGGAACGGGUUCGUGGGUGUCCUGUACGGGGAGUUCACCGACCUGCUUAACGACAGGGUCCGGUACUCGGUGAGCUUGACGGAGAGCGCCCUGACCAUCCAGAGGAUCUCCUCGUCACCCGGCCGGACGAAGGUGGUUUUUAACUUGACCGACUGUAUCGGCUGCCGGGCGUACAGAGGGCCGGAUAGCGCGGACGUCGGCGCCUACUUUACAGCCUAUUUCUACCCGUUCAAGAGGCGCUGGAUGAGCGCCGGGGUGGCCCGGCAGAGAGUGGAGCAGUGCUUUCGGGUCGCGCUGGUCCAGGACCCGCUCGCCAACCUCCAGGAGGCUGAGAGGUGGGCUUGUGCCAUCAGAGACGCCUCCGUGCUGCAGGCGCCCCGGAGAGACGGUGUGGUGUACGCAGAGGUGCGUCGGCCGUGCAGAUUCAUGAUACUUGUGAACCCUCACAGCGGUCGCGGCCAGGCUCUGCAGCUCUUCACCGGCCACGUACAGGGCAUGCUCACUGAGGCCGCCGUUCCCUACACACUUAUCAUCACAGAGCACCAGAACCAUGCACGGGAAUUGGUGAGGAACGCAGACCUGUCACAGUGGGACGCCCUAGUUAUCAUGUCUGGAGAUGGGCUGCUGUUUGAGGUGAUAAAUGGUCUGAUGGAGCGGGAGGAUUGGCAAGAGGCCAUCCAGACCCCUCUGGGUAUUCUACCUGGUGGCUCAGGCAACGCCCUGGCUGCCUCUGUCAACCACUACUCACAGUCGCCUCCGGUGUGGAACGAGGAGCUGCUACUGAGCUGUGGUUUCAUGCUCUGCAAAGGUCUGGUUGGCUCCCUGGACCUGGUGUCGAUCCACCUGUCCUCUCAGCAGCGCCUCUUCUCCUUCCUCUCCCUGGCCUGGGGCUUCGUGGCUGACGUUGACAUUGAGAGUGAGAAGUACCGCCAUGUUGGAGCAAUCCGCUUCCUAAUGGGCACCCUGGUGCGUCUGGCCUCUCUGAGAGUCUAUCAGGGCAGGUUAGCGUAUCUGCCUUUUAAGGAGGAGCCAACACUUCCAAAAGGAAACAACCCUCCCUCUACGCCUCAGCACCCCUCACUCUGCUCCUCCCUUCCCUGCCAGCUCAUCCCCAACACUUCGCCAAACCCGAACUCCCACCACAAGCACAACAGCACAAAUUCCAACCACAACACCAUCACCAACUCCUCCAACAACGCUAUCACCACCAAGAGACUUGAGACCCAGAGUGAUGGCAAAACCAGAGCACCAGAGGACUCUUUGCUUCCUGGCCUGGACCAGCCAGUCCCAGAGAGCUGGACGGUGGUCAAGGAGGAGGACUUUGUCUUGGUGCUAGCUAUUUACCAGUCCCACCUGGCUGAGGACCUGUGGACAGUCCCUGGUGCAAUGGCAGACGACGGGCUGAUUCAUCUGUUCUAUGUGACAGCAGGAAUCUCCCGUCCUGCCCUCCUUCGCCUUUUCCUUGCCAUGGAGAAGGGCGCCCAUUUGGCUUGCGGCUGCCCCCACCUGGUGUACGAGAAGGUGAAGGCCCUGCGGCUGGAGCCCAUCUCUGCACAAGGCAUGAUCACUGUGGAUGGCGAGAUGGUGGGAUACGGGCCUGUUCAGGCUCAAAUCCACCCCGGACUGGCCAGACUCAUAUGCGGAUGAACAUGGAUUAUCUUAAUCCUUUUUUGACUGUAGAGCUUUCUAGUUUGGCUUUUUAGACUCAGUGUCGAUUUCUUUAUAUAUGCUGUGUUUUCAGAAGUGCCAAAGACAUUUUAUCAGCCUCUGGAAAUUCCUCUAUUUUUCUACAGAAACAGCUUGUCCUAUUUUUAUGGUCUCCUCUUUCUCUCUGUGUUUGAUUCAGGGUCAAAGCAAUGGAUGGUUCUUGCUGCUGGCUGGUCCCAGCUUAGAGAAAUGGGGUGGGAUUGUGUGUGUGUGUGUGUGUGUGUGUGUGUGUGUGUGUGUAUGUGUGUGCAUAUGCCAUAGAGAUCUUUAUAUAUGUUUGUGUGCACUCAAGUGUGUAUAUGUGUGAGAUUUUGCAUGAGGAGCUUUGGCACAUAGCGGCGUGGUGCAGUAGCGGAGGAGUGCAUUGUGCACUCUGCUGUCUGACCUCAUAAGCAUGACACGUGAAGAGAAGCACAUUUUCCCGUCCUGGUAGGCUCCUCGUGAAACCACGCCCCUUGUCCCACUGUAUUACGCUGGGUCGGCAAUCUCCCUCCUGGGCAACUGCUCUGACAGCAUCGCCUCCCCCCUCAGCUUGGUAAAGAAGAGCUUUCUUAACUGAGGAGAUAUAAAUCCCCCAGGGAUUUAAUAUUGAAAAAUCCUUAAUCUUUGCAUAGCUUAUAUUAAAACAAACCUGAACAACACUAGAUCUAAGCAUUAGUAACCAGUGAAUUGAACCCGCCUUUCUGCUUUCUGUGUGUGAAAACUUCCUCCAGCUGAUAAUGCAUGAAGUGUUGGUGGAGCAGAGAGAGACCUUGCCAGCUGAGGUUACCUAGGAUACCUCCACCACCAGCCGAUCCAUUUCCUGUCCUGGCUGUUCUCUUACCCUGCUUCAUCUGCAACCAUCAACAAACUGUAGAUACCCACAUGUAAAUACACACUCUCGCUUUCUUUUCCCCAUACUCAUCCUCAUCCCACGCACAGCUCUCACAUACACACACACAUUCCCUUGCAUCUCUGCAGCACUUAGUGAGGAGGAGGGGCAUGGGCCGCUACUGUACUCAUGAUCCCUUCUCCUCUUCCCAUCUUGAGAUUGUACUCUCGCUCCCUCCCUCAGUUAAUAAGCCAUUCGCGCCUAAUGUGUCCUUAAUAUUAAGCUUUACGCCUGCAAAAGCGUGCAAGAUAGAGUUGGAGAGUUGUUGUUUUUUUUAAUCAUAUGAAAGCUUUUAAUUGAGUUUCAAAGCUCAAGAUUGGUUGAAUCUCACUAAAGUGGAGAGAGCAGCAUGGUUUCAGACUGGAUUAGUCAGCGCUGCAUAUUGAGAGGCAUGCGAUCAAUGGGAGCUGGAGGGAAUCAAGUGCUCUGCUCCGCUGUGUGGCCUUUUCCACUGGUUUGCUGGCGCUGUGGUGAGCAUUAGUGCGCCGGAGCAGAGGAGAAUGCAAAUGUUAGCGUUAUCAUCUGUGCCACACACGCAUAUACACACACACAUACACACACUCUCACACAUACACACCAGGUCACGAUGGCCGCACCAUAACUAUUAUACCCACAGGUAUGUAGCAGCGCAAUAUCAUCAUUUUGAGAGUGAGCUGUCUUUCCUGACCUUAAAAACAAAUCAUAUUCUUCAUUUAGAAAAAAAAAAGCAAUGUCAAAAGGGUAAAAGAGAUCAUGCUGUAUGCAUGCUGAUGCAUCUGCUAAAAACAAAACCACUUAUGCUGAAAGUGAAAACUAGAAUGUUGACAGGCUAAUGGGGUUCAAAGAAAUGCUGAUUAUAAACUUUUAAGGUUUUGAAGAAUAUGUUGCUGUCAUCCAGAGCACAAUACAGUGAAUGCAAUCAGCUGAUAGCGCACAUUAUUUUUCUGCUGCUUGUUCUGGAGGUUGUGAAGGAAGGAAAGCAUUUGGCUUCUGCUGGAAGGAGCAUAAAUAUUAACAAUUUCUUCACAUAACGCAAACAGAGGGAAGAUCUCUUUAGGGACUGUACGAAAAUGACUGUGGUGUGGAGGAUUUAUUUAGUUUUAGCUUGUGCCCAAUUCACCAUUUUGAUCAAUUUUUUUGCAACAGACUAAACCAUAAACCGGAAGUCCCUUGAGAUUAAGAUCUCUUUUUCGAAGGAGCCAAGAUAGCACACCAUUACAAGUAGUACAAGAUACCUGAGCGUUAAUGAUAAAAAAAAAAACAGCACCACCUGAAAGGCCGGUUUCAUUGUGCACAUACAUACAGGUUGUCAUACAGCUAUGGACUGUCAGUACUGUCAGUAUGCUUCAAACUAAUCAGAGACCUGACAGUCCACUUUACGUAUCAGUUUCAGCAAAGAUACAGCAGAAAAGUCUGCACACUAAUUAACCUCCUGCUGAACUGAAAUAUGCAGUCACAUGCUAGCUCACAUUAGCUACCCUGCAGAGAGGGACAGACUCCAGUAGAAUCCACACAUUCAUCACUGGAAGCCCUGCAACACGUUUAGCUUUACUGUAGUUCUGGUGCUUAGGCCUACAUGUGGAAGAAAAAAAUGACCCACUCCCUGCAGAGAUCCUUUCAGUCAGUCACUAAAAACUACUUCAUUCAGCUUCUCAAAAAUGACAUAUCGGCCCUAUUAGUUGAUUGUAUGGUGGAAAAUAAAGCCCAGAUACAAAGA